AUGUCAGCGGAUUCAAGAGAUGAAAUCAGCAAACACAUUGGUUCAAUUUUUCUCAUCGUUAUUAUAACGUUGUCGAUUACGGGAAACAUGCUAGUAAUCGCCGCCGUCAUGUAUUCAGCAAAACUACGUGAGCAGUUUUCUAUUUAUUUCAUUGUAAAUUUAAGUUUGACAGAUUUGACCAAUGCUACGUUUGUAAUGCCCUUCGCAACGGCGUCUUUUAUGAAUGAUUCUUGGAGUUUUGGACCAUUAAUCUGUGAGAUGAACUGUGCAUUGAAUUACAUGUGCAUUAUAACGUCAAUGUUGACGUUAUGUUUUAUCGCUGUGGAACGCUACAUUGCCGCAGUGGAUACAAGUAUGCACCGAAGAAGCGUAACUAAAAAGACGAUCCUUGUAAUAAUAACAUUUUCAUGGGUUCAGGCAUUUGUUUUUGCCAUCAUACCUGUUGCUUCGUCUUGGGUAACGUAUGACUACUGGGAAAGUGUCUGCGCCAUUGAUUGGAAUCAUGGUGGGCUGCGGCCGUUGGUUUACGUUAUCACGGCGUUUAUACUGUGUUUCUUGUUGCCAUCGGUAAUCAUGUCUGUGGCGUAUAUAAGACUCUAUCGAGCAGUAUCAAAUACAUGUAGCAUAAAUCCAUCUGAAAAAAGAAUAAUGCAAUCAUUGGUAGUCAUAGUUACACUUUUUCUAGUCUGUAUGUCGCCGUUCUGUGUUACUAAACUCAUCAAGAUAUGUUUUAGUAAAUACUCCAUACCACACGCAGUGAACACACUCGCCACCUUCAUGCAGUUUUCGGCGAGUGCAGUUAACCCAAUCAUUUACGCGUUUUUCCGUCGCGAUCUUCGACUCGUGUUCAAAAGAAUGUUAUGUUUCAAACGUUUUGCUAAAGUGGAGCCGGGAAGCGGGGUAACAACGGUGUUUUCUUUGACAGGUCGUCAACAGACAGCUAAAAACAUAUCAGACAUUCAACACGACCCGAACCUUAAACAACAAACAUUUAUAGAAGAAGAUAUGGAAGUGGAGAAUGACCUCGACCUGGAUGUGUUUUAUUUAGACGAAGCGCCCCAAAGCGGCAACGCUUGCAUGCUGUCGAAGUGUUGA